AUCGUUUUGAAUUGGAUGACAAAAAGCAUGGUAUUACUUCGCCUCUUGUCGGUGCUAGAACAAAAGCUCAAUUAGUUAAAAAUCAUAAGGCUUUUGAAUUGAAACCUAUACAGAUGACAACAUUAGAUGCUGUUUCUGAACUAAAACGAUAUGCCAUUUCCAUAUUCUAUGUAUCAAAAUUUAAAUAG